AUGAAGGCGAACGUUCAUACUUUUAACGAUUUUAAAAAGAAAGCAUCCAAGCAGAUGAAUAAGACUGAGUGUAAUAAUGAUGGGCCUGAGAAUCAGGAAGGAGGUCUCGGGGCCCCUUCAUCAGAAGAUGGCAAGAACUCUCCUGUGAAUAAGCAAAGAAAAAACUUAACCAAACGGAAGAAAUCUUCCUGUCAGGAGAAAACCAGAGUGAAGCUUACAGAUCACAGUCAAAAUUCAGAAACAUCCAUCGAAGAGAAUGAGGAAAAUGGAAAGGGUCUCUCAAGUGCUUCACCUUCCCACGAUCAUGCCUCCACCAACACUCCCGAGUGUCAGGAUUGUGGGCCUGAAUCUAAGUGUUCUGCACACGUUGGUGAUUCCAGCACAACCUCCUCGAGCAAGAAUCCAGAUGAAGGAGAGAAUGUCUCCACUGAAGCCUCCCACCAGAGCAAGCCCAUGAAAAAGAGGUCUAAAAAUAAGGUCUGUCUCUGUGACCGAUGUGGGAAAUGCUUCCGCAGGGCUCUCGAACUCAAAAUACAUUAUCGAUCGCACAUGUCAGAGAAGCCAUACAACUGCAAGGAGUGUGGGAAGGGCUUCGUGAGGUCGUCUCAUCUGACAGAGCAUAUGUACAUCCACAGUGGGGAGAGGCCCCACAUGUGUGAUAUCUGCGGUAAAGGCUUCUCCUGCGCCUCCAACCUCAAGAGACACCUGAAGACCCACAAUGGCCAGCGGCCCUAUGAAUGUCACAUAUGUGAGAAAACCUUCAUUCAGGCUAUCAACCUCGACUACCACAUAAAAUCUCACACGGGCAAGAAGGCGCAUCAGUGCCAGCAAUGUGGGGAAUGCUUCAGGCUUCCCGCCCAGCUGAGGUACCACCAGCAGAAGCACAGUGGAAAGAGACCCAAUGAAAAGCAAUUGGAUCGGGAGAGGCCCCACAAGUGCACGGAAUGUGGGAAAAGCUUCAUCCAGUCCUGCAACCUCAUCUCCCACAUGAAAAUUCACCCUGAAAUAGAAAUACCUAACUUUGCGUUGGUAAACUAG